CGACCAAAGGAACAUAGGGAAAGGGGUUUAGGAGUUGCAUAAGCAGAGCAAAUCAGUCAUCUCUUGAUUUCUUUUUCUUCAGGCAACUAUAAUCGUCGAAGAUGCCAAAGUCUAAGCGUAACAAAAUAGUUUCACUAUCAAAGACAAAGAAGAAGGGCAAGGAACAUAAAGAAUCGAUUGUGAAUUCCAUAAGGGAAGCUGCGGAAAGUUACAAUUCUAUCUAUGUUUUCUCUUUUGAAAACAUGAGGAAUCUUAAAUUCAAGGAGUUUAGAGAGCAGCUCAAGUUCACCAGCAGAUUUUUCCUUGGUUCGAAUAAAGUUAUGCAAGUUGCAUUAGGCCGUUCUGCUUCUGAUGAGAUUAGACCUGGUCUUUACAAAGUCUCUAAGCUUCUGCGUGGGGAUGCUGGGCUUUUUCUUACCAACAUGCCAAGAGAAGAAGUUGAAAGCUUGUUUAAUAAAUUUGAAGAAAAUGACUUUGCAAGAACAGGAAGCAUUGCAACCGAAAAGGUGGAACUUCCGGAAGGUCCUUUAGAUCAGUUCACACAUGAGAUGGAACCCUUUCUGCGCAAGCAAGGCAUGCCCGUUCGGUUGAACAAAGGUGUUGUGGAACUUGUUUCAAACUUUGUUGUUUGUGAGGAUGGAAAGCCUUUGUCACCCGAGUCUGCUCGGAUACUGCGCUUGUUGGGUAUCAAAAUGGCUACUUUCCGAAUGAAUUUGAUAUGCAGAUGGAGUCCUGAGGACUUUGAACUUUACAUGGAAGGACCAGAAGAAUCUGACGUUGAAUGCGCCUAGACCAAUUUUUCCAGAUUGAAUACGAUCGCAUUAAAAGGGGUUUAAUCAUUCAAAUUUCAUGUCUUGGAUGCCAUCUUGGUUGUUAUGGUAGACGUGCUAUCACAAGGUAAAAUGCAGCGGCAUUGGUGUAGAUUAUUUCUUAGUUUUGUCUCAAUCUCAGGUUAUGAUUUGACUGGUUUUAAACUGCAACUGUUGCACUAAAUUUUGAUAUCUUUUAAUAUAUUUUAUUCGAAGUUCCUCUCUCUGUAAAA